AUGCUGGUUGGCGGUGCCGUUAGCUACGUCGCUGGAAAGCAGGCGGUUCGCACGGUUUAUUGGCGAACUGCGAACAACGGCCGUCUCUUAAAGACAGCAAAAACCUGCAUGUUUCAAGGACCACCCAAACCCGCACGAUCGUCGACCGCAGCUUCUUCCGUAUGCCCUGCGCAAUCACACAUGGACCUGAUACCGAAAGUUAUUUAAAUCCGAAAAAGCUCUGCGUGACGCAGCGCGAAGACCAUUUGUUAUAUAAGGCACCACUGUACAUAAGAAGUUAUUAAUUAUUUAAUCUUAAAAUGCAUAUUUAUAACGUGAUAUGACGACGCAAUAAAGCGAUUACUAUUUAUUUUCUUUUCAUAAA